UUGGAGACUACAAAGCAGCCGGGUUCAGUUUUUGGGUAACGUGAUCAUAGGUGUCAUAGUACAUACGGAUGUCAUCUUGCAGAUUACAGCUCUUUUAGGCUGUCCAUGUUUUACACUUGCCACUCAAGAAGCUGAAUUCACCUGUUCACUUUAAUGUCAUGGCGGAGAGUAAAUCUAUACACGAAAAAAGAUUUGAAGCUGCAGUCAGUGUCAUUCAGAGUUUACCUAAAAAUGGUUCAUUUCAGCCUUCCAAUGAGAUGAUGUUGAAGUUUUAUAGUUACUACAAGCAAGCAACGCAAGGACCAUGUAAUAUUCCAAGGCCUGGAUUUUGGGAUCCUAUUGGCAGAUACAAAUGGGAUGCAUGGAGUGCACUUGGAGACACGUCUAAAGAAGAAGCUAUGAUAGCUUACGUUGAGGAGAUGAAAAAGAUCAUUGAAAGUAUGCCUGUGACGGAGAAAGUGGAGGAACUUCUGAAAAUUUUAGGACCAUUCUAUGAAAUUGUAGAAGAUAAUCAGCGAAACGCAACUUUCGGCUUAUCAACAGAACUGGGAAAUGUCUUGACUUCCACACCAAGCAACAAGACGGUGAAUGGAAAAUUAGAAAGUGGUGACAGUGGUGCGGAGUCAGAAGAAGAGGAGGAAGAUGAAGGAGAAGAUGAGGCAGAACUAGAGGAAAACAGAGAAAAUAUUGCACUGAAUUUGAAGAAUACAAAUUCCAUUGAUUCCGCAGCUGAUUUGGAAUCUGAUACUGUAAUGACCAAUGGUUUGGAUGGUCAUGAUAUCGGGUUAAGUGCACUGAAUGACGGAGAGAUUGUUAUCCAUAAUCAUCAUAAACAUGAGUAUUUGGAAGAAACGAAACAGGCCGUGGAACCCAGUGAAAUACAUGAUGCAAAAAAGUGCACAGAAGUGAAUGAAGUUUUCAUAGAAGAAGAGAUAGCAGGGAUUCAGCAUUUAACAAGCGAUUCAGACAGUGAAGUCUACUGUGAUUCCAUGGAGCAGUUUGCACAGGAAGAGAUUUCUGGAACAUUUUCUUCAGGCAGAGCACUUUUAAACCAUUCAUUUCAAAAAGACUUACUUCCACAUACUACAGAUUCUCACUGUCCAGACACAGGGCAUCUGUCAUGUGGGUUCCAUAAUAGUCAGGCAGUAGAUGGUACUCUGACACUUGAAGGUGAAGUAAGACAUGGUGGGGAAGAUGGUAAAGGCCAAGGAAGUGGAUCUCAUAGAGAAAGAUUUGGAAGAGAAAGGUCUGAAUUUCACGGACUAAGAAGGGGAAGAGGUACACGUAUAUUGCCUUCGGGUGGCAAUCCACAGGGUGUACAGACAGGUAGCAGUGGAGAUGGAGAACAGUGGGGAGCAAAUUCUGGAACAUCUGGCAAUUUACAUGAACAAAUAGCAGCUACGCUUCUCAGACUUCAAGAAGAUAUGAGAGGCAUUCUUCAGAGACUUCAUACACUGGAAGAGCUUACAACCUCACAGACAAGAUCCUUGCAUUUCCAGUCUGACUUCCAACCUGGCCACUUUGUUAAAAAGAGAUCGUGGUGGCCUUUUGAAAUUUCACCUGGUGCAUUAGCAUUUGCUGUUGUCUGGCCCUUCAUUGUCCACUGGUUAAUACAUGUGUAUCGUCAAAGGAGACAGAGAAAAUAGACCAAGAAGUCCUCAUCAUUUCACCACUGAGGCUGUGAUUUGGCAUGCCCAGAAGUCCAGAUGUUCCAGUUUUUUAUGUUAAUAUACAUUUCUUGUUUUCAUCUAACAGCCUUUGCACUAUAAACUACCAAAUACUUGAAAUGUUGUUAACCUUCCAUACAUCAGGACUGUAUUGUAAACAUGUAACACUGUAUUUUUUAAACAUUCUACAUAUUAUUCAGUAUUCAUCUAUCCGUACAGUCAUAUAAUUACUGUAUUCAGACAGCAUUUUUGGAAAUUUCAGCAUUUGAAUGACAUCAGAAACAAUCAACCACAGUUCACUAGACUGCUAGAUGGGCUAUUUUGUGUCAAUGUCAGACAACCUGUGAUCAGAGGGCCAUUUGAGUUUUUUCUGCUGCUACUGAUUUCUAAUUCUGAUUGCAUUAUAACACAAACUUUGCAUGACAGAAAGGCAGGUACAACAUUGUAGGAUUCAUACAGCCAUGGCUGUUAAGGGGGGCAUUGUUUUUGUCCUCUCUCAUAGAUUGGUCAACAUUUUCAUAUCUUGUCCUGAUAUAUUGUAAGAGCUAAUAAUCCUACUGAUAUUUUGUUUGAAGAUUGAUGCAACAGUUGUGAAGAUACCUCAGAGCCUUUCUGUCUGGUUUGAAAUGCUCCUCACGUACCACUGUGUUCCACAUAAUGAGAGUACUGUGUUACAUUGGAAACUGACUUUAUAAAAAAGUACUUCACCCAUUAUGUAAAGUCAGAAUUAACUUUGUCAAGAAAAAGCACGAAUUGUAAUAACAUGCUGGGCUUGUAUCUCCAUUUUACUGUAAAGUGCUCAGUUAAUUAUGUCUACUUUUUGUCAUCAUCUUUUUGCCAAAAAAUCAAAAGCUUCAGAGCGCUGAACAAAAAAUAUAAUUGUGCACUACAAUCUGGGCAUUACGUUGUAGAUUUGUAGGACUUUGUACAGGCAUUUUAUUUUAUUUUAAUUUUUGUUUUUGGCCUGAAGUAAUAACUUUUUUUUUGGACUGCAUUCGGUAGGGAAAUACAGACCUGUAGAAACAUAACUGUUCUUAUCCUUUGUUAAGCAACGAGACCUGCAAAAAAAAUUAGAGAAAUGCCCCCACCCAGGCAUAAUGUCACAAUCAGUGCAAAGUAAUAAUUAAGCACAAUUCUAGUGGAGCUAAUAAAAUUCUGACCUGCUAGCAUCCUCUACUCAGAAUUUGGCUACCAUGUUAAUAUAUUUGUGUAUAAUCACACUGACAGUAAACUACAGAUAGUGGAUGCAGUAUCGUAAUGUAGAUAAGGUAAUAAAGAAAUUAAGAAUUUCCUGUAAACAUCAUCUACCAUAUAGGAAAGAUAUGGUGCUUAGAAAGUAAAGGUGUACUAAAAAAAAGGAAGCCUAAAUUCUGUAGUAGAGGGUUCAGAGAUUAUGGAAUGUUGUACUUGAAAGUGAUAAUGUACUGUAUAUGAUGUAGAAGACUCUCUGUAGGGUGUACAAACUCCCCUUUAGAAACAAAACUGUCUAGUAGCUGUAAUGUACACUGUUACUGAGGCAGUUACAGGAUCAUCACACGAAUCAGACAUUUUGUACUCUGCAUGUUUUAUAAAUGAAUGCAGGCUUACACAUAUAUGUGUUUGUGUGUGUGUCAUGUUUGUGUCAUACACUGCUGUGGUCUGUGUACUAAGUGCGGGUGCGCACGUGUGUAUGUAUAUAUAUGUGUGUGUGUGUGUACAUAUAUAU